UUUAUUUCUGACCACUGAAUCCCAGAAUCCAAUAUACAAAUACAAAAGCUAUUAAACAUUCCUCAAGCAAGACAUCUUGAUUCUGCAUAUCUCAAUUUCCUCUUCGAAAUUUGCCUUUUACAAGAUAUGCAAGAGAAUUCCAUUCUGAUCAAAAGUAUACAGCAUAUUAUAUUACUGUUAUAAACACUCUCAUUCGAAAGACAAAAAUGUUCUAAUUCUCAGCAAGAUCACACGCGAUCGCCCACAUUUGACUCAAGAAUAAACAACAAACAUAUCCAGAAUAGAAAAGUGACCACUGAUCUUGCAAUUUAGCUAAGAUAAGGUUCAUUGGAAACUUUGGUAACUUCGUGUUUCUGCAAAGUUUUUGGUAAACAGUGCUACUGUUUUAAACACAGAUCGACAACAAGCCAUAAAAUUGGAAUUAGGGGAUCUAAUCUCUUCCAGCAGGGUGAAUUUCCUAUCUGAUAUAUCCACUUGCUGAUGAUAAUACUUUUCAACAAAAAGUCUGGUCACAAAAAUACUAUUUUCUUAUUCUCCCUCCACCUAUUCCCAUUAGCAUUACUUGAAGAAUCAUGUAUUGUACCUCUCCUAAAAGAAAAAUAUUCGCCAACUUGCUACAACUCAACGCCUUCUUCUCCAACUUAUAAGGAGCUAACUUAGCAUUAUGUUCCCCAUACAAUUCACUUGAGCUAGCACUCGGCUUUAGGUGAAGUAGCUCUGCACUUCUCCCCAGAGCUACUUCUCGUUUAACUUGUAAUUCUUCAAUGGCCUCGUGGACUUCAAGGCAAAACAAGAAGUUCGAAGAGGCUUUGGCUUUAUAUGACAGAGACACACCUGAUCGUUGGCAUAACAUUGCAAGGUGUGUAGGUGGAAAAUCAGCAGCAGAAGUGAAGAGGCAUUAUGGAGUGCUUGUGAAGGAUAUCAUGCAAAUAGAAAAUGGUCAAGUACCUUUACCAAAUUACAAAGCCGCGGCUGAAACCAAUAGCAGAUCAGGUUAUGCCAAUGAACAUAGGCUUCUGAAGAACCUGAAGUUACAGUGAGAACAAAUUUCGCGGCCAUGCUGAAUAACAUCACAAAUUCUCUGCUAUAUUGCAAAUGCAAAAGCAUAAAUUGUGAAUUCAUGUCUAAGUUUUUGAAGUAAGCAAAAUGUAUGACUAUACUAUUGUUCAUCUGUAUCCACUUAACUUCUGUCUUACUGUGUAAUGUUUAUCAAACGCGUAAUAUAUCUACUUCACUUCCAUGUUAGUGUAACAUGUUUGAUAAAAUAAAACCAAAAUUACACGCUUUAUAGUCUGAA